UUCCAUUUCAGUAAAUAAGACAUUACGUGGCGGCCGAGAAGCUUGGGAUAGAUUUUUACCAUCGGCCUUGAAAAUGGUUCGCGAGUGCGUUGAGGAUUCUUUUGGUCCUAGGAGAAUGACCAAAAAGUCCAUUGUUGAUUCGUGCAAGAAAAAUAAGCUUUACGUCACGCCUCGUCUGAACGAUAUCCUAUAUUUGCAUUAUUCAGGAUACAACGCAAUAGAAUCGCUUGAAGAGUAUGUCGGUCUCAAGUGUCUGUGGUUGGAGUGCAACGCGAUUUCGGCCAUCAGUGGGUUGGAGGCUCAGACUGAACUGAAAUGUUUAUAUCUGCAGAAUAAUCUCAUCACCAAAAUGGAAAAUUUACAUAACUGCAAAAAACUGGAUACUCUCAAUUUGUCCCAUAAUCACAUCAACAAGAUUGAGAAUUGCGGUCACGAAAUACUUCCCGUUCUCAACACGCUAAACAUAUCGCAUAACUAUUUGAAAACUGCGGAUAGUCUUGAGCAGUUACGCUAUUGUGACUUUAUUUCAGUGCUGGAUAUUUCUCAUAACCGAAUUGAAGAUAUUGCCGUUGUAAAGAUUUUAGGUGACAUGAAGGAGCUCCGUGUUCUAACCAUGACCGGGAAUCCCGUUGUAAACGACAUUCCAUCCUACCGAAAGACGUUGAUUCUGGAAUGUAAAUCGCUAACCUAUCUAGAUUCUCGUCCAGUAAUGGAUCGUGACCGAGCCUGUGCCGUAGCAUGGAAACGCGGUGGUUAUGACGCAGAACGGAAGGAACAUCAACGAUGGAAACGGGAUGAGCAGAAGAAGAUUCGCCGAAGCAUCAACGCUACACUCCGUUUGCGACAUCGGGGUGAUGGUGAACCAGAACUGCUGAAAACGAGUAGCGACGAAGAAGAGAAUGACAAUUCUUGCAAACCCGGUGAGGACUCCGAAACGAUGCUGGAAAUCAACGAAAAAACUAACGAACAAGCAUGGGAUGAGGUGGAUCGUUUACUUUGCGAACAACCAAGUGCCGCCGGUUCGACUAGUAUCUUUCAACGAUUCGCCCCGAAAAAAGAUCCGCUACUGACUAGUGAAUUCGGUGGUGAUGUAACUACGGCAGAUGUGAGUGGCAGUGCAUCAAAAGAUCAGUUUGUAUCGGAUCAGAAUAAUUUCCAACGCAAAAAGGAGAAGAAACUAAUCGAGGAAAUUGAUUCAGACGACUAUAAUGUUGAAAAGGAGGAAUAUGUUCAAAAAAGACAUCCGUUGGAGUUGAUUAAACCUUUGCGAUCAUUGAUUGCUGAGGAACCAUCAGAAGGCCCUGUAGUCUCUCAGUGUGUAUUCGAAAACGAUACUAUUUCCUCAGUAAUUGAAAUGAGUCAAGAUUCAGAAGAAGUUCUCUCACCUGCGGAACAAAAGAAAAGCAAUGUAAAGAAAGCUGACCUGGAAGAUGAUACUUUGAAUGUGGUUAUCCAAAACGAUGUGGAAAUCUCGAUCUCCAUGGAAUCCAAAGAAGGGGAGCUAAUUAGUUAUGGUGAUACACAGCCAUCUGCUCUUGAAAACACCGGAAACUCAAACAUUGAUGAGUCGGACUCGAAAUCGUCUAGCGUUUCAAAUAAGAAUGUAGAACAAAAGGAUAAUAACUCGUCGGAUGCAGAGUCCUCCGACAGCAACGACAUGUACGACAAGAUAAUACCGAAAAAGAACCGCAAACUAGCAAUAAAUUUCCAAUCCGAUCCGUCUAUUUCUUCUACGGAUUCAGAAGACGAAGAACCAGUGAAUUGCUUUCCGAAAUCUUUAGAAAAAGAGAAAUCAAUUGCUGAUUACAUUGAUGAUUAUAAGAAAUUUUUCCGUUCCGUAAAUAUCUUGGAUCCUAAGCCUGAGGAACAGGAAGAUGACUCGGAAGUAAUUCGAUCUCGGUUAGCUUCGCCUGAUCGUACGAAGCCACUUGUGUAUGAAGGUGUUUUCAAGGCCAUGGAGAAAAACUCUAAUGAGUCAAAAAUCGCACAAGCUCGGAAGGAAGUAGCGGAAUCGAAAGAAAAACUCAUUGAUCGGUUACUCCAACAACACUCAACUGUUGCUAUGAAUCUAGAGCAACAACAGUUUUCAAUCUGUGGAACGAAGUAUGACUUUAGUAAUUACAGAAUGGAAGUUAUUCGAAAGGACCAGGAAAAACUUCAGGGUUUGAUUGACAGAGUAGCCGCCCAGAGGGAUCGUUAUAAUUCGCAAAUUGAUGAAAUUCACGAGCAGCUUGAAAACAUCAUGGAGGACUAUGGACAAAUAAGUGCGAAGGUACAAAAAAUCGAUGAGCUCAUUCUGAGUAUUGAUGAGGGCACUAACUUUCACAACAUUGAAGCAAUUAUCCCAAACAGUGGCAGUCAGAUAAGUGUUGAAGAAACAGUUGUUCAUCAGAAUAUCGAAAAUAAUGAGAUUGGCUGUCCGUUUGAAGUUGCCGUAGACAAUUCUUGCGAGGAAAAGGGAGAUCUUGUCGAGGAUCCGGUACGCAUUUCAUCUACGGUAGCUGAAUUGAAAAAAAACACAGAUGUGGAUGACCAUACGGUCAAAGUUAACCAAGUCAUCGAUAGAAUAAUCCAUGCUGCUAACGAUUCAUCCUCCAGCAAGUCUAUUUCUGAGACCAGUGAUUCGUACGAAUCUGCCUCGGAAGAUUCUAGUGAAGAUGAGCCCACAACACUUAUGCGACCAGAUCAUACACUUCUGGAACUUCUGGCGGCUCCAAAACCGGUUCCUUUUGUAGAAGCCGAAUUGAAGCCAACCAUGAAUAAUGUGUUAACCUUGGAUCCGGUUUAUCGAAAAUUUCUAGAAAUUCAAGAAGAAAUUGAUCAACUGACCGAAGAAGAACUCUACAAUAUAGUGACGGAAGCGGCUGGUGAACUUUCGGAUAACCCAUCGGAUGUUGGGUGCUUCACUGUUGGCGUUGAUCAGUAUUGGAAACGGUUCGACGAUAUUGAAGAUUUCCGAAAGAAUAUCAACCUAAAUGCACACCCGAUAAUACAGAAGUUCAGACAGUUUAUUCAAUGUCACAACAUGCACCAAGAGCAAACCAGCACAGUAGUCAACCUUGAUAAGAUACGUGAGAAAUUGGAGCGUCGUUUAUCGAACCAGAUGUUCGACGAAUAUCUUGAGUUAAGCGGCAAAGCGAGCAUUUGUACCAACGGUGAAGAAUCCUAUUCCAAUGAAAUAGAAAUUAUUGAAGCUGAGGAAAGUAUUAAAAUUAAUUCAGCUGAAGUAUUCGAUAAAACUACGGCUUGGGAAGAAGUCGAAAAUCACGAAGAUAGCAAAAGUACUGACACUAAAGUUGGCAAUCCGGUUUCCAGUACACUGGAUUUGGAAGACGCGGAAUCGAAACCUGCAUAUUUGAAGUCAGGAAGCGAUGCUGCUAGUGAUGUGGAAUAAACGAGAGAAUGAUUUUCUAUUAAAUGAGCUGAUAAU